AAAAAUGUCAUAAGUAAAUCUGAAAUUACAAAUUCUUUGCUUUUUUUUAGUUCUGAAACCAUUAAGGGAGCAGUCAUUGGGAUAGACCUGGGUACCACAAAUUCAUGUGUUGCUGUUAUGGAGGGAAAGCAGGCAAAGGUCCUUGAAAACUCAGAAGGUGCAAGAACAACCCCUUCUGUUGUUGCCUUUUCUGCAGAUGGGGAACGACUAGUUGGAAUGCCAGCCAAGAGACAGGCAGUGACAAAUCCCAACAACACAUUGUAUGCUACAAAACGCCUUAUUGGUCGCCGCUUUGAUGAUGCUGAAGUACAAAAAGACAUCAAAAAUGUACCCUUUAAGAUUGUUCGUUCUUCCAAUGGUGAUGCCUGGGUAGAAGCACAUGGGAAGCUAUAUUCUCCAAGUCAGAUUGGUGCAUUCGUGCUUAUGAAGAUGAAGGAGACUGCAGAAAUUUUUGGGCCAUGCUGCGCAAAGAAUGCUGUAAUCACUGUGCCUGCAUAUUUCAAUGACUCCCAAAGACAGGCAACAAAAGAUGCUGGGCAGAUUGCAGGAUUGAACGUUUUAAGAGUAAUUAAUGAACCAACUGCUGCGGCUCUUGCUUAUGGUCUAGAUAAGUCGGAUGAUAAAAUUAUUGCUGUCUAUGAUCUUGGUGGUGGUACUUUUGAUAUUUCAAUCUUAGAAAUACAGAAAGGUGUAUUUGAAGUGAAGUCCACGAAUGGUGACACUUUCCUUGGCGGAGAAGAUUUUGACCAAGCAUUGUUACAGCAUAUUGUAAAACAGUUCAAAAGAGAAACUGGAGUUGACCUAAUGAAAGACAACAUGGCUUUACAAAGAGUGAGAGAAGCCGCUGAGAAGGCAAAAUGUGAAUUAUCUUCCUCUGUACAACAGGAUAUUAAUUUGCCUUACCUGACUAUGGAUGCUUCUGGACCAAAACACUUAAAUAUAAAGCUGACUCGUUCUCAGUUCGAAGGAAUUGUGGCUGACUUAAUUAAAAGAACUAUUUCGCCAAGUCAGAAAGCUAUGCAAGAUGCAGAGGUCAGCAAAAGUGACAUUGGUGAAGUUCUUCUAGUUGGUGGAAUGACCAGAAUGCCAAAGGUCCAACAAACAGUGCAAGACUUGUUUGGCCGUGCUCCGAGCAAAGCUGUGAAUCCUGAUGAAGCUGUGGCUAUUGGUGCUGCUAUUCAAGGUGGUGUAUUAGCUGGUGAUGUGACAGAUGUUCUGCUGUUGGAUGUCACACCUCUUUCUCUUGGAAUUGAAACACUUGGUGGAGUCUUCACAAAGCUAAUAAGCAGAAACACAACUAUCCCAACAAAGAAGAGCCAGGUGUUCUCUACUGCUGCUGAUGGACAGACACAAGUGGAAAUUAAAGUAUGCCAAGGAGAGCGAGAAAUGGCCAGCGACAACAAAGUCCUUGGCCAGUUUACAUUGGUUGGAAUUCCACCUGCGCCUCGUGGAGUACCUCAGAUAGAAGUCACCUUUGACAUUGAUGCCAAUGGAAUUGUUCAUGUUUCGGCAAAAGAUAAAGGAACUGGACGUGAACAGCAGAUUGUUAUUCAGUCUUCUGGUGGGCUAAGCAAGGAUGAUAUUGAAAAUAUGGUGAAAAACGCGGAAAGAUAUGCAGAGGAGGACAGAAGAAGAAGAAAGCUUGUUGAAGCUGUAAAUAAUGCAGAAGGAAUUAUUCAUGACACAGAAUCAAAGAUGGAAGAAUUUAAAAGCCAGUUACCUGAAGAUGAGUGCAACAAGCUUAAAGAGGAGAUCAGCAAGAUGAAAGAAAUUUUGGCUAGGAAAGACCAAGAAACUGGAGAGAGCAUAAAACAAGCCUCAUCAUCUCUACAGCAAGCAUCAUUAAAGCUAUUUGAAAUUGCGUAUAAAAAGGUAAAGUUAGAAAAUCUAUCAGUUUUCUUUAGUAUCAGCUAA